GUUCACAGCAAAAACUGGAGAGUUGAAAUUUCGGGGUUAAACAAACCAGAGUUGAUUUCCACUCUUGAAGUGUUAUUUUAACACAUUGCGAUUCAAAUGGUGUUCAGUGUUGGGGUUAUUUAUCAGUGUUACCCAAAUCAAGCUAAUUUAACACUACAGAGAGUCAAUGCCCCUGGGCUUCUGCCUCGGAAACCCUGUGCAAGAAAGUACAAGGUGCUGACACUCUUGAAGUGUUAUUUUAACACAUUGCGAUUCAAAUGAUGUUCAGUGUUGGAGUUAUUUUGGCCAAAUGAAGUUCAUUUGACACUAUAGAGAGUCAAGGCCCCUGGGCUUUUGCCUCUGAAACCCUGUGCAAGAAAGUGCAACGUGGUAAUUUUCCAUGAGCUGCGGCAAUUUCAUCAGUGCUGGAAAAAGUUCUUCACAAGCGGUCAAUUGGUGUUGCUCUUCAGCUUCAGAGGGUCUCAGCUGGUAAACCCUAAGUGAAGGAGUAAAAUGCUGGUGCAGGUUUGCUACCGCCAACAGCAGAAAUAUGUAAAGCUGGAUGAAGUUGAUGGAAAGUUUGAUUUCAUGCAACUGCAUGAAAAAGUCAUCGAGAGGUUUUGCCUGCCACCUGACGCAAAAGUAGUAUACAAAGAUGCAACAGGGACAGAAGUUGACGAAGACAUUUUCAAUGACCUUGUCAGCCAAGGCAGCGUUGUUUUAACAGUUUUCCCAAGUGAUGAGUUUACUGAUUGCUCCUUGUCCUCUCCAUCUGAAUGGUCUGACUCAAGCUUCAGUUCAAGUGCAAGUGCAUCAACUGUACUUUUAGAUGAGAUCCCAAGGAAAAAAUCAAGAGUUGAAGGAACAAUCAAUGCAGUUUCUGCAAAAAAGUUGAUCGAAGCUGUACUUGGAGCCAGUUCAGGUGGUGAAGAGGUCCUUGAAGAAUAUCACGCAUCACAGACUCUUAAAGAUUCUACCAGAAGAAAGCUGGUCAAUAUAAUAGUGGCCCACAUGAUUGAUAAACAUGGACAUCUCCCCACUAAAGCUGUUAGAGAAGAAUAUGCUCUUGGGAUAGUGACACUUUUUCCAUCCCUAAAAGACCCAUACUCCGAGAAAGGCUACGAACACUUCUAUGAUGCUGCAAGCAGUACAGGAUACAUUUCUUGGCGUCUUAAGACCAUCCAGAGAAAGAUUCGACGAGAAUCUACCACUUCAAAUAGCCUCACUGGCCUUUGUCAAGGAGGAGGGGGCCCUAAAUUCCAGAGAUCUGUUGUAGUUGAGGAGCAGCAGCUGGAUGGAGAUGCUUGUCAGGAGGCAAUGUCUUUGCUCAAUUAUGCCACAGACACUACGCAAAUUUUUCGAAAGAUGAGAGAGACGUUUCAGCAUCGGCAAAAACUCAUCAAUGACUCAGACAAAACGCUUGACAUCCUGUCAAUCUUCCCAAGAUUCCUGGAUACCAAAGGAUUGGUAAAUCAAGACUUCAUUCUCUUGUUUAAUGACGAGGUAUCCAACCGGCUGCUUCAGAAAUGGGACCCGAUCUUUAGAUGCAACGUUAUCAAAGAGGCCAAGCAGCUCACUUCAACACCAGAGCUUCGUCAGUUGUUGCAUUCAGCGGAGAGUCCACAAGGAAGUCAUGAGGCAAUGACUUAUGAUGCAGAGAUGGCCUCGCUUUUGUUGCUGUUAUAUCUCCUUCCACCACCACCUGGGGGACCAAAGUUUCCAAAAAUCAGCGCUUCUGAUGCAGUUGAAAAAGUUAUUGUCUUUCACAAGUCUUGCUGCAGUUUGGAAGAACAUCUUCAGAACCAGCAGAACCAUCAGCCAUACCUCCUAGCCGUUGGUCGCGAAAAGAGGAACAUCGACAGAUUCUACAUCUCCAUUGACAAGCGUCUCAUCCCAUGCCAGGCAAACCGCUCCCUUGGGGCAUUUGAUGAACUUUUUAAAGCUCAUUUUGUUUUCAGUGUGUCUUAUGAUGGUGCACUUCUGAAUUUCUACACCUUUUUGCAGACAACAGUUUAUAACAUUGAUAUGGGUAAAAUGAAGGUGUCACCAAGAAUUCGAGACAUGAGAGCCAAACUCCUUAACCAGGAGGUGCUUCUCACAACCCAGAUUUAAAGCCAGGACAAUUAAAGGCAUUUUGAGCAAAAUGCUCACAUGUUUUCUGUGCAACAAAAUUUUCCCCAGCAGUCAGCAGUUGAUUUCACAUAUAAGAGGUGAACAUGGUUAUUAUCCUGGACCAAAGUUCAAGUUGUUUUGUUGUCAGCCAAGUUGUAGGCUUCAGUUUCAAACAUAUGCAGGCUUUAGAAAGCACCUUAACAUUAUUCAUAGCAACGUUGAACAAAUUGUUCAUACUUCAGCUGUUACUAAUUUGCCUAGUGAUCCAGUUUCACAUGAUUUGGAAGACCAAUUUCAUU